GUUUGAAUUGCUUAAUUUCUAUAUAAUUUCACCACAAGAGCCAAUUCAUGCAAGAGUAUCCAGUUACAGGACUGCCAAGGCUAUGAGAGAACGCGACCCGCACAGCCUCAGUGGACACGUACUGUAUGUAGGGUUGUUCAGACAUCCAGGAAUGCUGCACAGGGCUAAAUACAGCCGAUUCAGGAAUGAUUCGAUAACAUCACUAGAAGAAAGUACACAAAAUACGUCUUUAAAUAUCAAAGGAUCUUCCUCCUCUUCCCAUUGCUCAACGCCUAACUUACUGACUGAAGAUGUCUCCCUGGGGAGCCAGGACACCUGCACCACCCUGUGUGCUUUGAUUCCCCGCAUGGCUAACAUUAAACUCGCCAACCCAUCCAGCCUGCCGGGGCUGAAAAGCUUCUGUUUGGGAACAAAAGAGGUGCCAAGAAUUAAACUCACAGAGUGCGUCACCAUCCCAAGCAGCCCGACCUCACCUGAGAUCAGCUGCCUCUCUGCAUCCUACCCGCAGCCUGAGCCAGACAAGCUGCUCCUUGGCAUCAAGGGCGCAGGUGCCGGCGCCGCGUGGGGCUCCGAGGAGGCUGCUCCCGCAGGCAGCCGGGACAGGAGCCUCGUGCAGAGCACUGAAAACAUCGCUGAGACGGGCACGACCUACUGCGUGCGGUACAUGGGCUGUAUCGAAGUACUGCAGUCAAUGAGGUCCCUGGACUUCAGCACGCGAACGCAAGUCACCAGGGAAGCAAUAAGCCGGCUGUGUGAGGCUGUAUCGGGUACAAAUGGAGCUAUAAAAAAGCGGAAGCCUCCAGUAAAGUUCCUGUCCUCUGUGCUUGGCAAAAGUAACCUUCAGUUUUCUGGCAUGAAUAUAAAGCUGACCAUUUCAACAAGCAGCCUCACUUUGGUUAAUGCUGACACGCAGCAGAUUAUUGCCAACCAUCACAUGCAGUCCAUCUCAUUUGCUUCUGGAGGUGACCCAGAUACAACAGACUACGUUGCAUAUGUAGCAAAAGAUCCUGUUAAUCAGAGAGCAUGUCACAUACUGGAAUGUCCCGAUGGGAUGGCGCAGGAGGUGAUAAAUACCAUAGGGCAGGCUUUCGAGCUGCGGUUCAAGCAGUACCUGAAGAAUCCAUCUAGCCUGGUUACUUCUAAUGACAGUGAGGCAGUGACUGAUAGAUCAUCUGGGAAUACACAGGAGAGGGAGGAUCAUGAAUAUUACAAUGAAAUUCCAGAGGACAUGCGAGUGAAAGUGCAAACAGGCCAAAGGGCUAAUUGCCCCAUGCAGUGCAAAAAGCAGUAUUGCUUGACAGGCAGCCCAACGUUCAUCAAUAUAUACGAAAACUGCCCAGAAGAAAACAAGGCUGUGGGUAAUGGGGGUGAAAGAGCACAGAAGACAAAAAAAGAUGCAGCACUGUUGAAGCCUGCCUACAGGACAGAUCUUUUUGAUGAUCCCUGUUACAUCAACACACAGACCCCGCCGCCCGCAGUGUGCACGGCCCGCGGCACAGCCACGGCCCAGGCCCAUGGGAGUCCGCUGCACCACGCGAAAUUACCGGAAGCUGUUCAGCAGAGUGCUGCAAGCAACACAGCUGGUCUCCCUAUUAUGCCACAAAUAAAACAACAGCUAAAGAAUGAAGAUUGUUACCAUGGCAAAUUAAACAGGAAAGCUGCAGAGAGCCUCCUAGUGAACGACGGGGACUUUUUGGUGCGGGAGAGCACAACGUCACCUGGGCAGUACGUCCUCAGUGGACUGCAGGGAGGCCAGGCAAAGCAUCUCCUGUUGGUGGACCCCGAGGGCAAGGUAAGAACCAAAGACCGUAUAUUUGAUAGUGUGGGUCACCUUAUUCAGUAUCACAUGGAAAACAAUUUGCCAAUCAUCUCUUCUGGAAGUGAAGUGAGCUUGAAACAGCCUGUGAGGAAGGACAGUAAUAUGGGACACAUGCAUUACCACAAAUAAUCACUUGGAUCUCACAAAUCCCGAGACAAUUCAUUUCAGAAACUUCAUUGACUGUUAUGAAACUUUAUAUUAUUAAGCCAGUUCAAAAAAAGUAUAGACUGCACUUUCUGCUGCUGUUCCAGACGACUUCUUUUUGUGUGUGUAUGUAUGGAUAUAUGUAUAUGUGUAGAUCUAUGUAGAUCUAUAGAGAUCAAUAUGCAUAGUUAUAUAUAUAAUCUUAAUCUUAACAAAAUUAUACCUUCAGAGUGUGAGGUUCAUUUGUGAAGAGGUAUUUUAGACAUGCACAAAUGUCACUUUCAAGGUCAUACUGAAUCAGUAACUAUUUAAAAGCACAAUUAAAACUUUACAUGCAAAAGCUCACUUGAAUGAACUGCUGGAACAUUAGUAUGUGCCUUUUAGAACAGAAUUAUUGGAAACCAAUAUUAUUUAUACUGAAUUAGCUUUGGGUGGUUAAACGAACAAGUCUAAGGUUUUAACUAUUUGCCAAAACAAAUACAAUUUGAAUAUUACUAAAAUGUCAUUUGCUUUCGAUAGACACUAAUGAUUUCAUUUUGCUUGUAACAGCACUUUACUAGCAAGUAGUGUUUGAAAAUCAUAGCAUUCGCAAUAGAGAAAUGUUGGCUGGUUUCUUAAUC